AUGGGUGAUAGCGUGCUUCACAUCGAGCUUCGUUGUUGGGCUGAUAUCAUGGUUAUUGCUUCAUUAUCAGCAAACACACUGAGCAAGGCAACUGCAUCUUGCGAGGAAUUGCAGAAAGCAGAGAAGAUUGCUAAGGGAUUGUGUGACAAUCUACUCACCUGUGUUGUGCAUGCAUGGGAUUACAGCAAGCCUUUUUUUGUUGCACCAGCCAUGAACACCUUAUUGUGA